AAAAGUCAAGAGGAUUGUACCGAUUACAUUUUUUGUUGUUUUUGCUUUUUGUACGUGUUUGCAAACAUUGGAGGUCAUGUUUAUUUCUGAUGCUAUCGAUGUAAAAUGCUUCUUUUUGAAAUGGCGUAAGUGGUGUUAGGUCACAGUUUUGACUGAAAAUUGUUCCUUCAGUUUAAAUCAUCAUGGACCCCGAGGUGUCAUUAUUGCUGCACUGUGCUGACUGGAAAGGACUCAGAAAGUGUCAGGUACAAGUGGAGCUUUCAGAACGGUAUAACAGGCAAACAGAUCCAGCACUUGAAGAUCAUAUAGAGAAAUUGUGGAAAGAGAGGCUUGCCAAAGAGCCCUGGAUUUUCAAUGGAGCAAAGUUCAGACUACACUCUUUCUCAUUGGCUUGUGACAAAAACUUUGAGGCUGAUGAUGCUUGCAUCAAAAACUACAAAGAAAACCUAGUGGAGAUUAACAGCAAAGAAGAAGAUACUUUUACAGCCAUCAAUGCAUGCAUUGGAGAUAAAGCGACUGCUCUGCCAUCAAAAGAAUCUCAGAGACAAGAAGAAUGUGUCCUUAUUCUACGGUUAGGCUUGACCAGCUAUAAAGAUUACCUUGGUACCAACUGGUCAGCACAGGCAGAGGAGCUGUGUAGACGUGGGGAGGUGGAGUUUGGUGACCCAUUGUUGUUCCUUGCUCAGCCCCUGGGGGUUGGGGCUGUCCUGUCUACAAUGGAUGACCAGAUAGUGUUCAUCAGAAGGAGCCAUAGGGUUGCAGAAGCAGGUGGCUUGCUAGACAUCCCAGGAGGACACCCAGAGCCAAAGGUUGUGUGUGAGAAUUUGGGACUGAAGAUUUGUGAAGACAAGAUCAGCAUGGUUAUGCUGAGUCCAGUAGCUGUUGUCACUGAACUGUAUUCAUCAGUUUGUGCAGAGAUUCGUGAUGAGAUAAACAUUCCUUUGAAAUUCCUUGGAGAGCCACUGUUGAUUGGAAUAGCUCUGAAUCAUACAAGUGCAGGCCGACCAAGUGCAGAGUUUUACAUCAGCUGUUCAUUGACUUCGGAUCAAGUCAAAAGGUUGUACCUGAAAGGUGGUGCUGAGGCAAAUGAAUCAACAGACAUAAUUUUUGUCAGCAAAAAGACUGUGUUACAGCUGGACCAGACAAAUAAUCUGUGGCCUGAGCUGUGCCCUUCAGCCAAAGGAGCUGUCCUGCUAUAUCAGACUGUGAAGCCAGACGUGAAAGAAAACUAGACCAAACUGUCUACACCCACACACUCCACAAGACAAAGCAGAACUUGUGUGAAGUCAACUUAAGGCCCAUAUUGUUUUAUUUCUUGAGCAACAUUGUGUAAUCUUGAGAAAUUAUAUUUUUUGUGCAAAUACACAAAAUGCAAAAAUAUGUAAUAAUAAAAUGCUAAAUUUUCAACAAAACAAAAGCAGUCUUGAAUGUUAAAAUUGCUGAUACUAGCAAGUAGGGUAUUGUCUGUGAACAUAAAGAUCCAAGUCCCAAACCUGUCACUUGUUAUUGUUUUGACAAAUGCUGCAGAUCAAUUUCUCACUAGCAGCCCUUUUAACUGCUGUUAUAGUAGUACCCUUGAAGACAGGAAGCAGGCCACUAAAACACACAAUAACAUCUUAUUUGUUCUUAUUGUUCCGAUAUUAUGCAAGUAGUACAUUUACGUUAUGUAUAUACAGUAUGUAAUCGCUAUUAGCCAUGUUAUUAAUAAACAUUUGUGCCUACA